UUAGCGCAGUUUGUCGGUUGAGAAGAACAUUUAGAACGCUGCUUAAGUUACCUAUAAAUAAGACCGUCUUCCUUAUAUCACUGUGUUUUCUUUUAUUUGUGUUCGAUGAAGAAAACCAAAGAGUACAUUUUGUAACGACAAACUGAAGAUUACACAUAUUGUGCAUAGCCAUGCCUUCUUGCAUUUGUAAAGGUUUGCAUUGAAAUGUGACGGAUUCCUGGCAGUGAUGGCACGGAAAGUUCUACAGUUUCCCUCGGCUUGGAUUUGCAUUUCGUUUUGGAUUAUUCUUGCCGAAAAUUCUCGUUUCUGUGAAAGUGUAACCAUUGAUAUCCAAAGCACAGGCGAAUCUAGCGGACAAUACAAGGUCACCCUCACCUGUUUGUUUCCCUCUCGUGGCAACGCCGUAGUAAAGAAAGUGGAAUGGCGUCGACAGACAGGAAGUGGGUGGGACAACCUGGUUACCCACACUCCCCCUGGUCAGCCAAGUUUCGUGAACGCAGGACUGGCCUUGGAGAACAGGGUGGUUCUAUCGGGCAAUGGGAAUCGGCUGGUGCUCCAGUUCCAAGAGGUUGAGUGUGGAGAUGAAGGCACGUACAACUGCACGGUCACCUAUCCAACUACAUCGUUGUCCGCGACUCGGCGUCUUCGUUUACAAGUUCGACCAAUGCAGCCAUUUUCUCUCACCCUCGCCCCAGACAAGGAAAUGUUUAUCAUUGGUGAACAGGUCACGUUCACUUGUUCGGCGAACGUUGACCAGCCACGGGGUCAGUUUCAUUGGCGUGUCAUUUUCGAAAACGGUGACGAGGAUGACAUAACGCGAGGUGCUAAACGGCAAGCGGUUGUCACGACUGAAACGGACUCUGUGUGUUCCUCCGUAGAGAAGAGUUCCGUGACCCUGACGAUGGAUCGGACGUUUCCGGGCGCCGUCGUCCGAUGUAAAGUGAUAAACCGGGAACUCACGAAGAAGAAGACGACGACAGUUGAUAGCGAGUGCAGCAGAAAUUGUCUGCAGACAGAUAAACUCAAGGUUCAAAACAAAGCCAAGUCCAAGAUUUCGGCAGCAGUCUCGAUUGGUAAGAAAUAUGAAGAAUUCGAUAGUCAAGCAAUCGUCAUCGUCAUCUCCGUGUUCUCUGGUAUUCUUCUGACCAUGGCGUCGGCGAGCGUCUGUGUGUACUGCCAGAAGAAAAAAACGUCCAGCGCUGCAGUUGAUCGCUUGGCAGAGAGUGACACCUCAGUUAAAUAUGGGAAAUUUGAGGAAACAAAACCAGUUGACGAAACAGUUACGGAACCGGUUACGGAAUCGGUAAAGGAAAUCGAUGUGCAGGAGAAAGACUCAGCUGGGAAGAUUGAGAAAAAUGAAGAACGUCUUCUCACAAUGCCAUUUCAGGAAAUCGAUGUGCAGGAGAAAGACUCAGCUGGGAAAACUGAGGACAAUGAAGAACGUCCUCCCACAAUUCCAUUCCAGGAAAUCGAUGAUCAGGAGAAAGACUCAGCUGGGAAGAUUGAGAAAAAGGAAGAACGUCUUCUCACCUUUCCAUUUCACGACGCUGAAGAGGAUAUUGGCAGGGUCUGGCAAGGAACAAUCUAAUGAUGUCCAGUGAUGAGGAACUUCACGUGGUCAUAAGAUCACAUGGACUAUUCACAUUAAUGCACGUGUUCAUGUAGGGGGCGGGACGUAGCCCAGUGGUUAAGCGGUUUAGGAUCGAUCCCCGUCGGUGGCCCCAUUGGGCUAUUUCUCGUUCCAGCCAGUGUAACUGGUGUAACAAAAGAGUAGCCCUUGAAGUGGCGACAGCGGGUUUCCUCUCUUUCAUAUCUGUGUGGUCCUUAACCAUAUGUCUGACAGUGCGUCGUUAAAUAAAAUUUAUAUAUUAUUAUAUAAGUCUUCGUGUAACCUGUUUGAAAGUCCCACAACCUACUUCACGACAGUCAGUGAAUUUAUAAUCAUCUAAGGCCCAAAACACACUGGAUCUGGGUCAGGCACGUAUGGUGCCAGUCCAAAAUGAAACGCAUUGAAUCAAAUACCGCGUCUGUGCUGGCGCGAACUACAGAUCUGGCAACAGGCGUGCAUACGCUAUAUUUUCACAGUACCAGACUGGCAGCUGCGAAAUGUUCAAGCCUUAUUUUUAUAUUUUUCUUAAUUAACGACUUGAACGAUAUAUGUGAGGCAAUGUGGAAUAAUAUCGUAAUUAUUGUUGAUGUUAAUAGAAGAAAAUAUAUUCAAAGAUAUGAACUCAGUCAGUUAUGUUGACAACACGUAACAGUUUCAGACCCAGACAUCAAAGUGCGUCAGACAUGGCUUCUUUGCCACAGUGUCCCGACCAAGACCCAGACCCAGACCCAGCUUCGGUGUGUUUUGGGGCCUUAAAAAUGUCGGGUGGUCAUGAAUGGGAUAGGCUUGUGUGAUGUGGGGGAAGAGUAGAGAUUUGCUGACUGCAAGAUUCAUAAAAACAUUAGCUCUGGUCUCAGAAAUGUUUGCUGUAUAUAUCUUGAGAAUGUGUAACAGUUUUAUCAGUUUAAAAAGGCACUGUUCAGGGCAGUAGCUAGUGGUGGGGACAAAGAGGGCAGUUGCCCGCCCCACCCCCCACCCCCCCCCCAAAAAAAAAAUCCGGUAAAAAUAA